CGCACCUGCGGGCGGGGCGGUCAGUGCGGGCGGCGGCGCGGCGGGAGCGGCCAUGGCGGCGGCGCGGCUCGGCGCGGGGCCCGGCCCGCUGCCGGUGCUGCUGCUGCUGCUCUGCGCGGCCGCCGGGUCCCUGGUGGGAGCCCAGAUCACCUCCGAGACCAAAGAAGUGCCUGAAAACCAGUCCGUGGACAUCCCCUGCUCGGCGUACCGCUCCCAGGGCAGCGACGCGCGCAUCGAGUGGAAGUUUCAGAAGGGCUCGUCGCUGGUGCUGUUCUACUACGGGGGUCAGCUCACAGAGCCGUACAAAACCCGCGUGCAGUUCUCGCUCACUUCCAUCCACUUCACGACGGUGACGCGGGCCGACACGGGCAAGUACAUCUGCGAGGUGGUUGGGGACAACAGCCAGAUCGCCAGGUCGGAAGUGAACCUCAUCGUGCAAGUGCCUCCCUCCAAGCCCGUGGCGCACGUGCCCACCUCGGCCACCAUCGGCAGCAAGGCCCUGCUGCGCUGCACCGAGACGGACGGCUCGCCGCCCCCCACCUUCCAGUGGUACAAGAACAGCAUGUUGAUGCCCGCCGACCCCAAGACCAGCCUGACCUUCAGGAACUCCUCCUACACCCUGGACUCCACCACGGGGGUGCUGACUUUCGAGCCCGUGAGCAGCUUCGACACCGGUGACUACUACUGCGAGGCGUCGAAUAAUGUGGGAUCUGCCCAGAAAUCGGAGGCUGUCCACAUGGAAGCCAGCGAAGUCAACGUGGGCGGCAUCGUGGCCGCCGUCGUGGUCCUGCUGAUGGUGCUGGCCCUCGUGGCCUUCGGCGUCUGGUUCGCCUACACGCGGGGCUUCUUCAGCAGUGACACCGCUGGCAAGAAGGUCAUUUACAGCCAGCCCUCGCACCGGAGCGAGGGAGAGUUCAAACAGACGUCGUCCUUCCUGGUGUGAAGCCUGCGGGAGCCGCCGCUCCUCCCUCCCCAAGGACUGUUGUAAAUGUUUCCGAAUUACUGUAGCUAUGACAUGAUUUUAACUUUUUUUAAGUGUCACAUGGUGCCUUUUCAGUGUCACUUCAGACCCCCUUGAUUUUUUCUCAGGGGAGGUCUCGUCUUUCCUCCCCGGCCACCCAAUGCCUUAUUCUCUCCCCCUACGUCCCAGCGGGACCCACGUCCCGGCCGCGGCUCGGAGGGGCCGGUGCUGCCCCUGGCCCCGGGCUCCUUCCUCCCGGUGCUCUGCUCAUCAUCGUCAUCGUCGCCGCUGCGUGCUGAGGCCGGGGCCGCCGUGGGUGGUUCUGCCGUGUUCUUGCCGCGCUCCCAGGAGAGCUGGGGGGCUCCGGCUCCCCCGGGCCGAGGGCUGAGAUGCCCCUCGGAGGGGACGGAGCUGGGAGCUGGUGUCACCCCGCGUCCCACCUCGGGGGCCGGGGCUGCGUCACCCGCGGCUGCUCUUGGGGCUGACGUGGCCCCCGGUCCCAGUCGCCCUCCGUCAACCGGGCGCCCCGGGCCCAGGGCCGAGCUGUUUCCUCCCAAAACAGUCGUAACCACUUGUGUGAUGACUUCUGGUUUCCGUUGCUGGCAAUAAAUAAACCUGUGUCCUGGUA